CGGCCCGCGGGGCUGCUCGAGAGACGCCCGCUCGUUCCCCUCCCGCCACAGCCAGAGCAGCCAGGCAGGAGCAGGAGUGCACCAUGUCAGAGCGCCGGGUGCCCUUCACUUUCCUGCGCAGCCCCAGCUGGGACCCCUGGCGGGACUGGUACCUGGGCAGCCGGCUCUUCGAUCAGUCUUUCGGGAUGCCCCAAAUGCUGGAGGACUGGUACAAGUGGCCGAGCAGCACCAACUGGCCGGGCUACCUCCGCCUGCUGCCCAGCCAGGCCGCCGAGCCACUGGCCGUCCCCAGCCCCAUCGUCACCUCCCCCACCUCCCCUAACCCUGCCUACAGCCGGGCCCUGAGUCGCCAGCUCAGCAGCGGCAUCUCGGAGAUCCGGCAGACAGCAGACGGCUGGAAGGUUGCCCUCGACGUCAACCACUUUGCCCCGGAGGAGCUGGUGGUGAAGACCAAGGAGGGUGUGGUGGAGAUAACCGGUGAGUGCUUCCUUCUGCUCCUCCUGGCUCUGGAGAGGGGCAGCCGUCUCCUAGCAAGAUGCAGCCUGCCUCCUGGCAUCGACGCCACCACGGUGCGCUCCUCGCUGUCCCCAGAUGGCACGCUGACGGUGGAAGCCCCCCUGCCCAAGCCGGCCAUCCAGUCUGCCGAGAUCACCAUCCCCGUCACCUUUGAGAGCCACGCCCAGAUCACCCCGACCGACACCAAAAAGCCUGAGGAAGCUGCCAAGAAAUAAGCCAGCGCCUGGCCCGGAGGAAAAUCC